AAUUAGUCUUCACAGAAAGAGGAGGACUCUACCUGCGUUUGGGAGCUUUACCUUCUCCAUAAUGGGGGGUACUAAGCUCUGCCUUUUGCUGCUGUUGGGCACGUACACGCUAGCCCACCAAGAUGUGGGAGGUGUUGAGGAACAAUCCCCAGUUUGCUUGUUGGCCAAAAGAUUCAAAAACUUCCGCAGAUUUGUGUACGACUACGAAGCUGAAACCUUUAACGGCGUGAAUGGAGCCACCAAAGACAAGAGCGGCCACAAAAUCUCCUGCAAAGUUGAGGUUGAAGUGCCCCAGACCUGUAGCUUCAUCCUCCGUACAACAGAAUGCUCUCUGAGCGAGAUCUCUGGUACGGACACAGAAGGACACCCAGUGUAUCGGCCCGCCGAGGGAGCUCUGGGUUUCAAAGAUGCCAUGGCCAAGAACACCUUGAAGAUCUCAAUCGAAAACCAGACUAAUGUCGCACUCUUCCCUGAGAACGAAGAGCCUCUCAAUAUCCUGAACAUCAAGAGGGGCAUCGUCUCUGCUCUCAUCGUGCCAGUAAUGGAGGAGGAGAAGAACGACAAAAUGGCCACCGUGCACGGAGUGUGCCCCACUGACUUCAGCGUCAACGCAAGAGAAGACAUUGCCACCGACGUGACCGUCAGCAGGGAUCUUUCCAAAUGUGACUCGUUCACUGCCCGCAAACAGACCACCAGUCCCAUGGCCAUCAUCACGGGCAUGAACUACCCGCUGUCUAAGAUGAUCAGCAGCACCCAGACUUGCAACUACAAGUUUGACAACCAGAAGAAGCACAUGACCAGUGGAACAUGCACAGAGAAACACAUCUUCCUGCCCCUCUCCCACCAAAAUGAAUAUGGAAUAUCUGCUCUCGUGAAGCAGACUGUGAUCCUAAGAGAGACGAGCAAGAUCAAUGACAGAAUCUUUGACCAUAAUAGUCAACACAUCGCAGACUUGUCCAUGUCCAUUGUGGACGAAAAGUCCCCUUUGACAACCAAGGAUGCUGCCAUUGACACCAUGAAGCAGCUGAACACCCUGUCACAGACCACCGAGGGCGAGGAGCGCGCCGGCCUCUUCCACAAGCUGGUGUCUGAGCUGCGUGACCUGAAAUCCGACAUCUUGGAAUCUGCUACUGGUGAAAUGAUGGACAUCUCCCAAUUCCUGACAUGGCAAGCUCUGACUCAGUGCGGCACCCCAGAAUGCACCAGCGCCAUGCUGAAGAUUCUCAGGACCUUUGAAAAUGGUUCUCUCGAGGUUGAUGCUACUGUCUACGCCCUGGGAAUGCUGUCCAACCCGUCCCGCCGCAUGGUGAAGGACAUGCUGGCGAUGGCUCAGUACAAGCAGAGCAAGCCCAUCAUGUAUGCCCUGAGCAAUGCAGUCAGGAAACUGUAUCAGGUUGAGGGUAUCUCCCCUGAGAUCAAUGAUGUAUCUGACUUCAUGGCGUCCCUCCUGAGCGGGGACUGCGCCGGAGAGAAGGAGUUGACCUUCCUGGCCUUGAGGGUUAUUGGUAACAUGGGAGAUGCAAUGGAUGCUGCACGCGCUGAUUUAAAGACCACCCUGGUUAAGUGUAUGAGGCAGCCUGCAACCACUCUCUCAGUGCAGCUGGCUGCCAUCCAGGCUUUCAGACGCAUGUCUGUGACAGAUGAGGUUCGUAUUAACCUCCAGAAAGUUUGCCAGUACCACAAGGGCGCUGUGCAGAAGCGGCUGGCAGCUUACCUGAUCCUGAUGAGGGAUCCCCAGGACAGUGACAUUGAGAUGGUGAAGAAGCUGCUUAAACAGGAGAACAACAUGCAGAUCAAGUCUUUCGUGUCCUCUCACGUCUACAAUAUCAUUUCCUCCACUGAUUCAGAGACCCAGAUGCUUGGUAAGAAGAUAAUGGAUACCCUGCAGGACACGGAUGUCACCACACACAGCGACUACACCACAAAGUCUCGCAACUACAAGUUGGGCUUUGCACAGGAGAACAUCCAGGCUGCCGUCCUCGGCAACAUUGUCUUUGAUCCCAGUAACAAAUUGCCAAGGGAGGUGUUGAUGGAAACUACAUUGAAAGCUUUUGGUUUCACCAUGGAUCUUUGGGAGAUUGGAAUGGAAGGAAAGGGCUUCGAGCCAACCAUUGAAGCUUUGUUCGGAGAGAACGGGUUCUUCCCUGACACUUUGGCCAAGACCUUUUACUGGACUUUGGACAAGAUACCACCAAAAAUGAAAGAGGAACUGAAGAAAUGGGCUUCUCCCCUGGACACAGAAGGACGAAAGAUUUCCGAAAAUCUGGUGAGAGACGUUGUUCGCAACUUCAACAAGCUGGUAAAGGAUCUGCAGAGUCAAGAAACCCCAGAGGCCAUGGCCUACCUGAAGAUCAUGGGAGCUGAGCUCGGCUACAUCAAGGGCAACGAUGUGAAGUUUAUUGCUGACAACGCAAUGAUGUAUGCGGAGAUCUUCAUGAAGAUUAUUCCCACAAAGGUUGUGGCAAAUCUGAUGUCCAGGACUGACAAUGAGAUCUUUGCCCAUUACAUCUUCAUGGACAACAAAUUCCUCAUGCCAACAGCAUCUGGCCUGCCUCUGACAUUUGCUUUGUCUGGUACCUUCGCUCCCGGAGCAAAGGGAGGAAUUCGCAUGGCCCCAAACAUGAAGGAGCUGCUGUUCUCACCCUCUGUUGGAGUUGAGUUUGUGACUAAGAUGGGAGUCCACGUCCCUGAAUUUGUUGUGUCAGGUGUUGAGAUGCACACCAACAUGUACCACGAGAGCACACUGAAUGCCAAGAUCACCAUGGAGCAGAACCAGGUCAAGCUUUCCAUACCCGCCCCUCAGGGCACCACAAAGCUCUUGCACAUCAGCAAUAAAGUGCUGAUUGUGGGUGCUGGUCAAGCUGCAGCGAUUCCAAACACAGAGGGUGAAGCAAGCUGUAGACCCCUUUUCUCUGGAGUCAAAUACUGCACCAAAACUGUCCAUGCCAGCACCGGAGACAAUACUGCUGUUCCAUACUUCCCCCUGAAUGGAGAGACAAAGUUUGCUAUUGACAUCGAGCCUUCUAACGAUGUGUCCGAGUACACGGCUACCAUCGCCUACAAUCUCCUCAGCGAAGGAAAGGAAGGCCAACACAAGGUUGAUUCUUUGAAGUUGGCUCUGAGAGCUGAGGGUUCUCAGCCUACUGAGGCUACCGCCACCAUGAAGUACAACAGGAACAGGAAUGUCUUCACCACCCAAGUUCAGGUACCCGACUUUGACGUUGAGGCCGGCGUGAAGAUUGCCAUGACUGACAGCAGUGCCAAAGGCAAAUCCAUUACCCUGGAGAUCACCAACAAGAAUGUGCCCCAGCUCUCUCUGAUUGGCCGUGCCAAGCUCCAGGCCUUGAGGGAUGGCAUGCUGCAGGUUCAGCUGUUAGUCCCCUCACUCAAGACUGAUGCUGCUAUCACUGCUACCAUGAGCAAAGCUGAUGGACUCACAAUGGAGAUCAAAAGUGAUGUCAAACUCCCAGAGACCUCCUCCAUUCAGGCAGUCACAUUCAAAUAUGGGGAAGACCAUGCUGAGAUUCAGCUAAUGUCCAACAUGAAUGCUAAUACUAAGAUCCUGGUGCCCUACACUGAAGCCGCUCAGGCCUGGCUCAGGCAGUUGGUAAAUAAUGUCAUGAAGCAGAAGGUUGUCAAGACCGACAUGAAACUGCGUCAUGUCUUCAACAAGGCGGUUGAGGCCAGUAAUAUCUGGAUGGACAAGAUCUCUGCUGAUGUUCCCUAUGUUGAGACUCUGCGGAACAGAAUUGAAAGUGUGGAAAUGCCCUCUAUGCCAGAAAAGCUAUUCAUGAACCUUGAUAGCACAUUCCGAUACAAGUUCAACCAGGAACGUUUCACCAUCACUGUCCCUCUACCUCUUGGAGGAAAAUCAUCUGAGGAGCUCAGGAUACCUCCAAUGGUCAAGUUCCCACUCAUUUCGAUGCCUGAGCUGGGCAUGGAGUUUGCCUCAAAAGAGAUCCAGAUUCCCACUUUUACCAUCCCCUCUGAAUAUGAUCUCACACUGCCUCUGAUGGGAAUGGUUGAGGGAUCCGCCAAGGUUGUCAGCAACUAUUAUAACUGGGAGGCAACUGUGUCUGCUGGUAACAACACUGCAGAGUCUCCUAGCUACUUGGCCAAGUUCAGCGUUGUGGCUGACAGUCCCAUUGAACUUCUCUCCUUUUCAACGGAAGGAGCUACAACGGUCGAAGUCACAGCAGAAGAGAUGGUUAAACUCACCAUGGAUGGUUCCCUGAACCAUAUGCUAAUGAAGACAGGUUUUAAUGUGUUGGAAACAUGUGCCGUCACAGACAGUGCAAAGUCAACAGGAAGGUACAAGAUCUACGCCAAUUCCCCUGUGGGCCUGGAUACAUCACUGACUGUUACCACCCAAGUUACGCUAGACUCAGACAUGCUCUCUGGAGAUUUCAACACAGACGGUAGUGUGUCUGUUGGAUCCAUGACUGCUAGCACCACUUACCUCCACACCUUCUCUGUUGAGCCAGCAAAAAGAGAAGCUAAACUGGAGAGUAUCCUAAGUGUGAACUCUGACAUCCUGAAGGUUGGCAACAAGAUCAAGGCAUCGUAUGCAAAUGAGGAACUUAUGAUUGAGUCCAACACCAAUAUGAACACCGACCCCAUUCGUCACACCACCAAAAUGAGCCUUGGCUACAAAGAUGUCAAGCUUACUAUCCAGUCUGAUUCUGUGACCAAGGCUGAUGAGCGAAUAAUUCGUAGCCAAAUGGAGUUCUCUGCCACUGAUGGACAGGCCAGCCUCAGGAUAGAAAAUCAGGCUGAUGACACAGUGAACCGUGCCUACUCUUUGUUCACUGGGUCCAUGAACCCCUCUGGCUUGGAGAUCAAUGCUGAUUCUUCUUUGAGCGUCUUCUCAAGCCUCGCCUCUCACAAGGCAACCUUGGCCCUGAACAUGAAUGGCCUGACCACCAGCUGUACAACAACUGCUCAGCACAGUCCAAUGACGUUUGAGAAUGUUAUCCACGGGGGAGUUGAUGCCUCUGGUGCCACCUUGUCUCUCACCACUAAGGGAGCCAUUAAAGAGAACAAAGCUGAGCUCAGUGUUGAGGGAAAGAUUGCAAGCACAGAUGUGUAUCUCAACGGCAUCCUUGAGGGUAACCUCUUUGACGUCAAUACCAGGAACAGAGUUAACCUCAGACUGAAUGAAGAUGGCUUGAUCCUCUCCAAUAACAUAGUUGGAUCUCUCAAUGAGAUGAGGACCGAAAAUACCAACUCAUUGUCUCUUACACUAACAUCUUUCGUGCUCCGCUCCAAGACUGAGAACUUCCUCGACAAGAAGAACUCUUACAUGCAUGACAUAACAGUUAACACGGACCGUUAUACUGCCUCAGUCAAUGUGAAGAAUGACCUGAAGAUCAUAGGGAUUAACUUUGCUAAUGAUGCCCUGUUCAAGGCUGAGCCUUACAAUGUGGAGCUGACUGGAACAAUGAUGGGAGUCUUUUCAGAGGAAGAGCUUAAGCACACUUAUGAAGUCAAGUUUGUAGAUAUGGUCUUUUCUGCCCAGUGCAAUACCAACGGAAAACUCCUGGGAGCUCAAAUGACACAUGCCACUGAUAUGGAAGUUGCUGGUCUGACCAUGAAAUUCCACAAUGUGGCUAACUUCAACUCACCAGUUCUCCGUGUAGACAGUACAGUCAAAACAGUUGCCGCACCCUUCACUCUGUCCAUUGAUGCCAUUUUCAACUCCAAUGGUGCAGUGUAUCUCUAUGGUGAGCAGAGUGGUGAACUAUACAGCAAAUUCCUCCUGAAGGCAGAACCCCUGUUGUUCACACAGUCAUUUGAGUACAGAGCCUCAACCACCCAUCAACUGGAAGACGGAUCCCCUGUCAAAACCAAUAUGGACAACAAGUUCAACAGCAUGCUGAGUCUCCAAGAACAAAGUCUAACACUGAAAAUGGUAUCCACAGUAAACAAGCACAGUUUUGACCAAGAAGUGUCUGCCUAUAACAAUGCAGAGAGAAUGGGUAUUGAGAUGUCAGGUGUUGUCUCUACUCCUCUCUUCAGUGAGGCCCCUGAAGACUACGCCCUCUCUGGAUUUGUGAAAUAUGACAAGAACAGCGACAGCCACUUUGUUCAGAUUCCAUUUAUUGAGCAUCUGCCUGAGGUUAUUGAAAAUAUAAAGAUCCAAAUGAUGAGACUGAUGGACCAAAGCAUUGAGAUGCUGAAAGACAUCAACACCAAGUAUGAGCUCAGUGCCCAAUUGCAGAAGAAAGUGUCAGAACUGAAGAGCGUCGUUGAUAGCUUUGACUUUCACCUAUUUGUCCAGGACUGGACAAAGUUCAUCAACUCAAUAGAAAAUGUCAUGACCAACCUGACAGUUAAGUUUCCAACUGACAAAGUGAUGAAUGUGCUGAAAUCAAUGAAGGACGCUAUUAUGGCUUGGAUCAAGAAGCAUAACAUUGCUGGCAACUUCAAUGCAAUUUAUGCCAAAAUAGAGAAGAUUCUCUCCAGCUAUGAGGUUGAGAAGGUUAUUGGGGCCAUCAUGGAUGAGGUUGUUAAAAUGAUGAAACAGUAUCAGGUGAGGGAAAAGAUGCAGUCUGCUUUUGCUGCUCUCAAGUCAAUUGACAUUAAGCCUCUGUUCAAAAGAUUUAUGGCACCUGUUCAGAAGCUUGUGAAUGAACUGUAUUCUUUUAACUUCAAACAGUUGAUAGACGACAUGAGUGACUAUUUCAUGAGAAUGGUUGAGAAAAUCAAAUCCUUGGAUUAUGAGACACUCACUGUGGAGUUAAAAGAGAAAGUUGCAGAUAUGAGCAAGAUUCCCUGUUUCGGAAAACUCUAUGGCGAGUUCAAGGUUACCUCCCCUCACUACACCCUCAGAACUACUGCCGACCUUGAGAAUACCACAACUACAUCAGACACACCAGAAUUCAAAAUCAACCUGAACUCAAAAGCUUCCUCUACUUUGAAAAUUCUGGACUUCGAGGUGGAUGCCAGUGCUCAUUUGGCUACACCCAAGAUGAGUCAACUGUCCAUCUCUGAGAACAUCAAAGUUGACCAGUCAUGUUUCACACUCGACCACAAGGGAACAAUGACUCUCUAUGGCCUGUCAGCUAAAGCUUCUGCUGAAACUACCGCAAAAGCCAACACUGAGUUAUAUGUCGCCGAGCUCGUCAACAAUGCAGUCUUUGCCCUUGAAGAUGGGGUGUCUGCCACUGUGGAGACUGGCUACAAACAUGAUAUGAAUAUGCCACCCCUCAACAUCUUCAGUGAAGCAUCAAUCAAUCAGAAGAACGUCCUUCAGCUUGACACUGCCACUGCCAGUCUGACCAUUACCAAUCUGGCCAAAGGAAAAUAUGCAGUCCAGGAAUUUUCUGAUGAGGCAACCCACAAGAGUAACAUGGAAGUGGUGAUGGAUCUCCACACAGCCAAAUUGACCUUCACUGGAGCAACAGGUAGCAGCCAUUUCGAAAUGAAUCAAAAUGUGGUUGCCGAUAUCUGCAUUUUCCGCCAUGUCAUAAUUGAAGCCAAGUUUGAGACGGAAACCCCUUUCAUGAAGGGCAGCGUUGCAGAUGUUAAAUUCCAGGCUAUUGCUGGAGACAUGAAAAUUGAUUUAACUGCCUCUCACAGUGCAGAGUUAGCUGGACAAGUUGAGGGAACUCUCUCAAACUCUGCACUUGCUUUGGUCACACCUAGUGGACUCAUGUUUGACACCAAGAACAGGGGAAAUGUCAAGGUAGCCUUUCCGUUCAAGCUAUCUGGAAAGAUGGAUCUCCAGGAUGACAUAUUUUUUAUCCUGAACGCUGACGUGCAGCAGGUUAGUUGGACAGGUUUGGCCAGAUUCAACCAGUACAAAUACUCCCAUUACUUCACCAUGGAUAAUGGCGACAGAGAAAUUAGCAUAUCUUCUCAGAUCAAUGGAGAAGCAAAUCUGGAUGUACUGAAGGAGCCUAUCACCAUUCCCAAAAUGACUGUGCCAUUUGUUGGCAUGAUGACACCAAGGAUAGAAAAGUACUCUUUGUGGGAAGACACUGGCCUGAGCAAUCUUUUAACCACAACUCAGCAGACACUUGACAUGAAAUCCAAGCUGAAAUACAUGAAGAGCCUAGACAAAAAAACCUUUGACAUUCCUCUGCCCAAAAUUCAGAGCAUCAAGAUUCCAGCACUCGGAGAUCUGACCUACGAGUUCUCCAUGAAAACCGCAAUGGUCACACUCAAAACUGACGCUAGCAUCCUUAACCAGGAAAACAUCAUUAUCAAACUGGAUUCAUCCUCAACCUCUGAAUUUGAGGUUCUGACUGGAAAGAUCGAGGGCAACACCAACGUGAACACAGUCGGCGGAUUAAAAAUGGCCUCUGUCCUGUCUUUGAAACAUGCAAUGCUCGAGGGAAGCCAUGACAGCACCAUCACCAUAAGCUAUGCAGCUGUGGAUACCUCAAUCACCAAUUCAGCCAAGGUCAUUCUACCUGCCCUCAGUAUGGAAAUAAAUCAGCAGUUUACUGGAAAUCCAGAGAAAGGCCUUGUUGUCUCUGUGUCCACUCCAUCUGCAGGACUCAUUGCACUUCAAAUGCAGACUAAGCGCCCAGCACAAGUGAAAGCAAGACUCUAUGGUCGCUACCCGUCUGAGCCAACAACUGACAUCGAUGUCUUGGGCCUAAAGCUGUCUGUGAUGAACUCUGAGAAGCUAAACUUUCAGACAACCUGGAACAUGGAAAUGCCAUAUGAGAUGAUGCUGGGGCUACAGAAACAGCUGCCCACAGUCAUGAAAACAGUGUCUGGUCCUGCUGUCAGAACAUACAAGACCAUCUCCAGACAAGCUAGAAGCCUUGAGGGUUCUUUUGAAAAGGCUAGAAAGCAGGGUAAGGUGAUGUUCAACAGGGCUGUUGACAAUUUUGCAGCAGUAAGUCCUUCUAAUUUCUUGACAACUGUCACAGAGAAGACCAUUUUGAUCCUCAAAGAAUACCAAAAGAAAGUUGAAAUUGUCCUGGAUGCUGUCGCUAAAUUUCUGAGAGAGACCAAGUUUCAGAUUCCUGGGUAUGAAGAGAGGUUCUCUGGGCUUGAGAUCUACCAGAAAUAUAGUGCUUUUGUUGCCGAUGUAACUGAAAAGGCUGUACGAAAGGUUCCAGAGUAUUUUGUAUCUGUCCGUGCCAUUGAGUUCACCAUUCCAGGCUCUAAUAAAAUUGUCAGGGGAAGAGAAAUUCUUGAUGACUUGUGUGUAGCUUUGAGGAAAAUUCAGGACCAAGUCGUUGUAACUGUCAGGAAACUCGGGGAAAUCCGACUGGAAAAUGUCAUUAAUAAACUAUCUGUAUUUGUGCAGUUUACCACAGAACAGAGCGAGAGGUUUCUCCGAACUCUUAAAUCUCAGAACGUAGAAAAGCUCUCUACCUUUGUGUCUGAUGUGUACAACGAUGCCUGCAACUCCCAAGUCAUAGGUGACGUUAAGCAGCAGGUUGAAAAGGCCCACAAAAUUGUUGUAGAAUAUUUAAAAGCCGUGAAAGCUAAGCUCCAGAACAUUUUGGCUGACAUCUCAUUUGAACAACUUCGAACUGACAUCCAGUCCUGGAUUGACUUGAUGGUAAAACGUGUCAAUGCUUUCAACAACACUGCCAUUAAGACACUAAAGGAAAAAAGGAAAAGUGUUGAACCCUUUGUGAGAGUAGGAGACAGAAAGAUGGAGAUAAACAUUCCAUUAACAUUUAUUGACAAACUCAACUAACUGCCUCUGGAUAACCAGGAUAUACAGUGUGUGAAUUGACUGUAUCUGUUGUGUAACUAUGAUGGAUGUCUCUUUACUCUGUUUUUCAAAUUAAAUUCUAUCUCAUUUGUUCAGGUUCUGCUGUUAUCCUUUUGUUUCUUGUACUAUUUAAAGACAUGUAUGUCGCCUUCAAUAAAGACCGUUUUCAAUGCA